AUGGAGGCACCUCAAGAAGAGGUGGAAGCGCAGGAAACACUAAUCAUAUUGCUCUUCGUUCUUCGCGAGUCUCACGGUGGGAGAGAUUCUAAUGAGGGCCAAGCUGGGAAUGAUGCAUUUGUGAAAAAUGGUUGGGAUGGCUUUAACAAAAAGGACAGGCUUCGAGAUCAUGUAGGCACCCGACCAAAUAGCUUUCAUAACACAUCAGUUAAAAGGUGCAAUAAUUUGAUGAAGCCUGAUCGAUCCAUUGCUAAUGCUAUCAACAAGCAGAGAGAUGUCACUAAAGCAGAGUAUCUUGCUAGAUUGAAUACUUCUAUUGAUGCUGUGCGAUACUUGUUGCAUCAAGGUUUAGCUUUUCGUGGUCAUGAUGAGUCAGAAAAGUCCAAAAAUAAGGGAAAUUUUCGAGAAUUGGUACAGCUUUUGGCAAAGCAAAAUGAGAAAGCAAAAAAGAUGGCGGUGGUUUUGCGGUAUGUGGACAAGCUUGGGUUGAUAAAAGAGAGACUCAUUGGUGUUGUUCAUGUGAGUGAGACCUCAGCUUCAUGUCUUAAAUCUAAUAUUGAUAGUCUUUUUGCUAAGUAUGGAUUGAGCAUAACACAAGUUAGAGGCCAAGGUUAUGAUGGAGCAAGCAACAUGAGAGUAGCUAAAAAGAAUGAUGAUAUUAGUGAUUUCUUUGAUAUGGUGUCUCUAUUGAUUAAUGUUGCUGGAGCCUCUUGCAAAAGGAAGGAUAUGAUUAGAGAAAGUCAACAAGAGAGAGUUAGUAAAGCACUAUGCAAUGGGCAACUCACAAGUGGAACGGGAUUAAAUCAAGAACAAUCACUUCAAAGAGCCGGUGAUACUCGUUGGUCCUCUCAUUAUAAAACCCUUUUGAGGAUAAGUAGUUUAUUCCUUGAAGUCAUUCAAGUGCUCCAAUAUGUUGAAAAAGAAGGUCCAAAUGACACAAGUGGAACGGGAUUAAAUCAAGAACAAUCACCACGGGCAGCCUCGUGGCAGGCCGGCGAUUCCUGUCCCACCACUGUUGUGCAACGGGCAACGACAUCACCCACCACUGUGGACGUUACAAAUCUAGUUUGA